CCCAUCACCACUGGAAUCUGUACAGCACCAGGCACUUGGGUUUUCCUGAUGCUCUGACCCCUGCAGGGCUGGGCACGUCUGGACUUUGAAAGACAGAAAGAAGAACUGCGAGAUUUUUUUCUCCCUAAGUUUCACAACUCCUCCUUUUUUGGCGGCAAAGGGACCAGCACUUGGUGUGGAGAUGGGGAACAUGGACGGGAAAACCGUGGAGGAGUUGAGCACCACCGAGUGCCACCAGUGGUACAAGAAGUUCAUGACAGAGUGUCCUUCUGGCCAGCUCACCCUCUACGAGUUCAAACAGUUUUUUGGCUUGAAAAACCUGAGUCCGGCAGCGAACAAAUACGUUGAGCAAAUGUUUGAGACGUUUGACUUUAAUAAGGAUGGCUACAUCGAUUUUAUGGAAUAUGUGGCAGCUCUGAGCCUGGUGCUGAAGGGGAAGGUGGACCAGAAGCUGAGGUGGUAUUUCAAGCUCUACGAUGUGGAUGGGAACGGCUGCAUUGACCGGGCUGAGCUGCUGAACAUCAUCAAAGCCAUCCGAUCCAUCAACCGCUGCAACGAGAAGAUGACGGCGGAGGAGUUCACAGACAUGGUGUUCAACAAAAUCGACAUCAAUGGAGACGGUGAGCUGUCCCUGGAGGAGUUCAUGGAGGGCGUGCAGAAGGACGAGAUGCUGCUGGACAUCCUGACCCGCAGCCUGGACCUGACACACAUCGUGAGGCUGAUCCAGAACGACGGCAAGAACCCGCACGAGGGCGGGCAGGAUGCCCAGGCUGCCCAGUAGCCCCUGGGACGCCUCCCCCUGGCCUUGCAGGGACGGGCUGCAGGGCUGGGCUGUCCCACACCCACCCGGGCUGGCCCUGGGGCCUCUGGAGCGCAGAGAGGGGACAGCAGCCAGGGCUCCCUGGGCAGGGGAGCAGCACGAGGCUGUACAGGUCAAGAACACACCAAGAACAUCCCAAAAUUCCCACCGAGGCCGUGGCCAACACCCCUUCAGUGGAGUCCAGCCAAGGGCUGCCCAGGACUUGGCCCCAGUGAGAGGGGUCCUGGAAAAGCAAAUCUAAACCUUCUCCUCCCAUUUGUAUUUCCAGAGCAAGAGGUUACCUGUUCUGGUCACUCCUUCCUUCAUCUGUUAUUAUUUGGUCAGCAGCGAUUAGUGAUAAUGUGAGUUAAAACAUGUUCCUAUGAGCUAGAAAAAGGAGAGGGGUGAAUGCAGUGGCUUUUCUUUGUUUAAAAGCAUUAAAAACAUUGAAUGGUGCCUUUUUUAACACCCCCCUGGACUGUAAGGAAAGGUUUCUCCCUGAAGCCUCUGGAAGGAAGGAAAUGCUUCCAGAUAAGCAGAAUCAGCAAUGCAGUAACCUGAGAGGGAGAAGCGUUGCAGGAAUAUUCCUGCAUGUUUUACCACCCGGAAAAGGAGCACCAGGAGGUUCUGACCCCCAUGUCUGUGUGGGGUUUGGAGGGGGGAGCUGCUACAGAGGGGUGAGACUCAGCUCAGAGCACCCUCGAGGAUUCCUGACAGGCAGGAAUCCUCCGGGUGGGAUCCCCAGGGCCCCGGGGAGCUCGGCCCUGUCCCUUCCCGGAGCCCUGGGCAGGGCUGGCAGCCCCGAGGCACAGGAGCCCAAACAGCCCGGGCAGAGCGGGGCCGCUCCUGCAGGGAGGCUCCUCAGCCCCGGGAGCAGCCCCAGGCGUGGUGAGGCAACUCAGGA